UAGGCAGGUUACCAAACGACACUCGUCCGUUUAGCCUACAUGCUAAACUGUCAUUCGUGCGCCGAAUGGUUCGAGGAAGUCCCAUGUUCAUAUUUAAGAUGUGAUGUUCACAUCGCCUCGAAUACUGCAGGCGUUCCGUGAGCUGAAUUUUUACCGCAGCGUAAUCGUUUGGCAAUGAAGAUCAUCACAGCCGCUCUACUAAUCAUUGGUGCAUUUGUGGUUACCAAUGCAGCUCCCGUGACAACAUCGGAUCCGUCAAUCCACACUGGAACCAGUGACACAUGGGAAGUCAGCACAACUAAUGCAGGAUCUCUGACUAGUAGCUCAGAGAAGCGAACCGAUCCGAGUGCGUUUUCUACUGAUCCAAGUACGAUCACAACAAGUGACUCGGGUUUGCAUGUGUCUGGUUCUGAAACUUCUGCCACAGAUACCACAUCAACCUACGGGGAGACUGACAGAUCUCUAUCCACUGAUUACACAACGCAAUCCGACGUCACUGGUACUCCCGAGCCUACUGUAUCUGGAUCGAGCACUGGGACGCCAGUCGAUACUUCUACCUCUGUUACCAGCGCAACCGAUACCUCACCGACUGGUCCCACUGAAACCGCGGAUGAAUCUUCCAGACCAUCGGAUCCGCUAAUCCACACUGGAACCAGUGACACAUCGGAAUUCAGCACAACUAAUGCAGAAUAUCUGACCAGUAGCUCAGAGAAGCGAACCGAUCCGAGUGCGUUAUCUACUGAUCCGAGUAUGAUCACAACAAGUGAUUCGGGCUUGCACGUGUCUGGUUCUGAAACUUCUGCAACAGAGACCACAACAACCUUCGAGGAGACCGACAGAUCUCUAUCCACUGAUUACACAACGCAAUCCGACGUCACUGGUACUCCCGAGCCUACUGUAUCUGGAUCGAGCACUGGGACGCCAGUCGAUACUUCUACCUCUGCUGCCAGCGCAACCGAUACCUCACCGACUGGUCCCAUGGAAACCACAGACGUCAGUGCCAGGCAAACGGCAGCAGGUACAUCGUCUCUGACUGCAACAACUGCAGAAUCGUCUGCUUCACUGAUUUCAUCGUCUUCCCAAAUCACUGAGAUUUCUACCACUGUGGCCGAUGCUUCAUUUACGGUUUCCAGUGAAAUAUCAAGUGUUGGUACCGAGAGACCAGUGUCUGGAGCUGUGGUUUCAGCAAUGGAGCAUUCCGAAUCCACAGUUAUUGGCUCAAGCGAACCAACUUCAUCAGUCGAAGAGACAGGCAACACUACUGUGGAUGCUACUAAGAUUUCUACUACCGAAUCCCAUAUGCCUGAGGCUACUGGCUCUACUAAAUCUCUUUCCACACCUGCUUACCAUUUGGCAAACGUGAGUGAACCUGACGACCUACCAACAUCUUCCACGGUAGAUGCACGAUCUUCAACCGCUGCUAUCAGUGAGUUCAACACGUCCAUCGCGCAGAAAACUGGCACUUCAACUACAGGAUCGAGUGUGGUAACAGACUCCCAGUAUGAUGUUUCCGUAACCCCUGCCUCUGCUGCUCCCGCCAGCGUUGUCUCAUCAUCAGAUGGCGUUCGCUCUUCAGCGCAUUCAGCGCAGUCUGAUGCACCAUCUCCAACAAGCACUGAGUUCAGUACGACUGAUGCAACUGCAACUGACAUCCACUCGACUGAACAGAACGUAACUAGUGAAGUCAAACAAAGUGAACCUGAAUAUACGGGCCCACCUGCUGCUCCUCCUGUACCACAAUUCACUGAUGAGAGUACGCCCACUGAGGGAGCACUCCCAUCUGCUGUUGUAACCGAUUCUGAAGGUUCUAAAGCACCAGCUACUGAUGGAACUGUAUCUGCAUUAGACACAACUAGAACAUCUACCGCAGCUGUGGCAACGUCUGAUGUCUUAUUUAAUGUAACGGAAUCCAAGACUAGUUCCCCGUCCACAGAAACUAGCUUUAUGACUGUUACCUCUACAAAGGAAAAAGUACAACAGUGUAGAUCGGCAACGUCACUGUAUUUUUCGUUAUUUUGUGAACAACCGGUUACUCCUUCGCCAGCAGAUGGUUAUUUAAAACCAACUGGAGAUUUAGAUAGAAGGAGAAAGGGGCGCAAGGAUGACGAAGAUGAUAAAGACAAAAAGAGUGAUGACGAAGAGACUGACGAGGAAGACGACAGUGACACUAGUGACGAUGAGAAUGGCAAUGGUGACGAUGACAACGGUGACGAUGACGACGAAGAUGAUGAAGAUGACAGGAAAAAUAGCGCCAAACAUAGGCGUGACUAGUCGGGUAGUCACUCACCAAGAUAGCAUAAAAUGUUGGCCGGACCAUUGUCAUCGCAAACACUUGAAGAAGGACAAUAUGUGUUUGUGAUAACGCCUUCUAACCAUUUUAUUACUAACGGCGGAUUAUUGCAACCCUUAACAUUCAUCGCAUACUGUUUUUUGAGUAAUUUUCGGAAGGUUCAAUGCAAACGAUGAAUCAUCCAGGCAUCUUAUUUUACGGCUCAGACGUAUUCGCAUUGAGGCUUCCGACCCUUUUCAACCGUUCCCUUCGUUCUGUUGAAACAUCAAAAACUUUCAUUCACCAGUUGUUUCUUUUUAUAAUUUCGUUACUUUUAACUUACCUAUACGACCCAACGUUUAUACCUCCUGGAAUACAUUGCUGAAGUCCUCUCUCAACCCAAACAAAACAAAAAUAACGAAAUAAACUGGCACAUUUCGUGACAAUCCUUCAUUUAUACUCAGAAAUGUAGCUAUCGGUUCCACGCCCUGACAAAUAUGGAAAGAGUUCUCACUUAACAAUUUUUCUGAAUCUUCAAGGUUUAACGAAGUAACUGUAUUAAUUGUUUUUUAAAUUAUUGGCCCAAUCCUUCGUAACCCAUUCAUUGAGUCCGGUUGUUUUUGCUC